AUGAACGCACCAGAUAGAUAUGAAUCUUUCGUCCUUGCGAAUGGCGAAAGCAAGGUUGAAAUGGAAAUUGAUACCCGCAUUCCCUCGUCCGCCAUCUUCACCUUCAACAAGGAGGACCACACUCUCGGAAACCUGAUCCGCUCCCGCCUCAUGCAGAGCUCUCAUGUCCUCUUUGCUGCAUACAAGGUUCCUCAUCCGCUUGUCCCCAAAUUCGAACUCCGUGUUCAGACCGACGGUGACAUCACUCCCAAGGACGCUGUUAUUACUGCAUGCCAUGAGCUAGUUCGCGACCUGGGCAUUCUGUCUCGCGAGUUCACCAAGGAAUAUGAGCUACGUAAGAUGGUUGGAGCCACGCAGCAGCAGCAGAACGGUGCCUCGGAUGGUAUCUAG